UGCUAGAAAUCUAAGUGAGGAUAUAAAGGACAAAUGUUGCAAUUAUUUGCUUAUAACUAUUUUUUUAUUUAAUCAGGUUUCACAGUUCAUAAUACAUCUACUUAUAAUUCAGUUAAUAAACUGUAGGCCCUCUUUGUGUGUAUAUCUUCUGAGAGCAUUCAAACUAAAGGGAGUCUUUAUUCUGGAUUUUCUUUUUAAAGAACAGCUGUCAUAUUUUCUCUGGGUCCAAGUCACUCUAUUUAAGUGAGAAAGGAAGUAAAGUUUCUUUAUGCUCCCCCAGAUCACUUUAUUAUCAACAACCAUUCCUUGUUAGUGUCUGGAUUAUAUGUAUGGUCUUAUCAUCAAGCUUGAAAUGAAAAAUAGAGAGAUAGGAAAAUGUAAUACACCAGUUCUCAUGGGGCUUGGUGUAAGUUUUCACAUAUCUACUAGUUAAUUGAAAGUAUUCUAUGUGUUGUUUUCUUAAAGUUCAAAUAAAUCACCUAUGAGAAGAUUUUCAUCAAAUUAUUAGAAUCAAAGAUCUCAAUGCCUGAAGUAUGGGGGUAAACUAACGUGUGGUUUGCUCGCCGCAGGGGCGUCAGAUUCUGGUGCGCACCAUGUCGAAUUUUGAAGAUGCAGACACAGAAGAGACAGUAACGUGUCUCCAGAUGACUGUUUACCAUCCCGCCCAGCUGCAAAGUGGAGUAUUCCAAUCCAUAAGGUUUUAUAACCGAGAGAAACUCCCCUCCAGCGAAGUGGUGAAAUUUGGCCGAAAUUCCAACAUCUGUCAUUAUACCUUUCAGGACAAACAGGUUUCCCGAGUUCAGUUUUCUCUGCAGCUGUUUAAAAAAUUUGAUAGCUCAGUUCUCUCUUUUGAAAUUAAAAAUAUGAGUAAGAAGACCAAUCUGAUUGUGGACAACAGGGAGCUGGGCUACCUGAAUAAAAUGGACCUGCCAUACAAGUGCAUGGUCAGAUUCGGCGAGUAUCAGUUCCUGAUAGAGAAGGAGGAUGGAGAGUCAUUAGAGUUUUUUGAGACUCAGUUUAUUUUGUCUCCAAGAUCACUCUUGCAAGAAAACAACUGGCCACCACAGAAGCCCGUACCUGAGUAUGGCACUUAUUCAUACUGUUCCACCCAAAACACUUCUCCUACAGAAAUGGAUGAAAAUGAAUUGUGAACACAGACGGCUAAGAAGAGAAUCGUGAAGGAUGCAGAGCUCUGUGGACACUUUAUAGACACUCCACAGACACUCCACGUACUAAGUGGUGUGCCAGUACUAUUAAUCGGUGCCAGUUUCUGAGUGUAGUAUAUUAUGGUCAUCUGUUAUGGUGGCAAAUUUGGGAUCGGGUAUUAUCAUUUUGAAGUCUGUAAAUGGCAUUAGUCAUCGAUUUAGUCACCUGUUGCAUUCCUGGAUGUAUGAAGUAUUAUUUUAAGUGUACAACUGUGAGGCUUAAUGUACAAGAAGUAUCCUUUGUGAUGAAGGAAUAGUGUUCUCAAAGUAAAGUUAUAUUAUUUUCUUUUUAUGCUCGACUUUAGUCCUAUGUUUUGUUUUAAUUUUGUUUGUAAGGAACUGUCUCUUUGGUCAUAUUAUUUUACAAUAGCCAUUUGUUUUCAAGGUCAAGACUAUGGGCAAGUUGUUACUGGUGUUGUAGCCUGUUGGUACUC